AUGAGGAGAUGGCAUGGGGUGAUCUCAUCGAUUUCUCGCUAUCAUUCGAUCAUCUUCCUCCUCUCGCUAACAAUCACCCUCUUCUUGUGGAUCGAUCGCGGUGAUCAAUCAGAUUAUCCAAAAGUAAUCCCGCAUGGAAUGCGUUUGGCUGAGAAAAGUGAUCGACGCAUUUUGGCUGCUCAACUGAUAGCGUGCGACACGACAACUGGUGGUGGAGUGGGCAAUGUUGUCUUUGAGCUGAUUGCUUUUCAAGAGAUCGCCAGGAAAUUGUAUAGAUCCCCAGCAAUCUACUCGGACAGUUCGACAUGUUUGGAGAAAAUCGCUACUUUUGUCGAGCACAUGCCGCACUUGGUCGACGGAUUUCUGAUCGUUAAAAGACCCAAUGUGAGAUUCAUCGAUGAGCUGAUGGGAUCAGCCGAGUUGCAGAGACGCCUCGCUUUCUCCAAUCAACUACUCGAUGUGGCCAAGUCGAGCGUUUAUCCCGAGAAAAUCGAUGAACAAACGCAUAAUAUUUGUGUUCACGUGCGUCGCGGUGACUUCAUGAAAGAGAAAUUCCAUCUCGAAUCUGAGGCCGAUUUCACUGUUGAUGCCACAAAAUAUUUGAUUCGAAAAAUGCACAAACGGGGGAUCUCACAGGUACGAGUGUUCAUCCUUGGACAAGAUGCUGCUUGGGCGAGGCAGAUUUUCGCGAAAGCAAGUCUUCGACGUAAAAUCAAUCUCACAGUCAUCCACUCUCCAUCGUAUCUUCCAUCAAUGAUCGAUUGGGCCUUUGCAAAGCUCUAUUGUGAUACAACUUUGUUAACUGCUUCGAUUUCAACAUACGGUUAUUGGAUGGGUGCUGUGUCAAGGGGUGAAGAAGUCUUCUAUCGAACGAAAUACAGCAAAUUUGAGCCAGAUUUUGUUGUAAAUCUUUGGCCCGACAAUUGGAAACCAAUCGAUUAU